AUGAUAGGCUCCUCGCUUUUUGCCGGUGCUCUGCUUCUGGCUUUAGUCAGACAGAGCUCCGCAACUUGGCAGCGGCUAGAGCAGCUAGAGCGGCUCGACGGGAAUGAGACAUGCUCCAUGGAAGAUGCGUCGCUGCUGAACAUUGGAACUUCACGGGCUCACAAUGGUCGCAGUGGCUCCAAAUGCCAAUAUUGUUUAUGUUUGACACCUGACCCUGUGAAGUGUGGAAAGCAGAUGAUCAAAGAUGCAGAGAAGUGUGGGAAGGAGUUCAUCCAAGAUGAAGCGGAAUGUGGCAAGAAGUGGGUUACAGAUGCAGUAGCCUGUGGCUCAGAUGUGGUGACAAGUGCAGUUAAAUGCGGGGAAGAAACGGUGACAAGCAUCGCAGAGUGUGGCGAGUCAGUACUGGAAAUGUGUCACACCCGCCGUCGAAGGAGGUUUUGGACCGACCUAGAUAUAACUUGCGAUUUUAGCCAUGUGGCCAAGUCAUGCUUGAGACCCAAAACAUGCUCCGUUCCAAAAUCUUGUUUUAAAGUCAACACGUGCUGGGUUCCUAAGUCCUGCUUGCUACCUGUGACCUGCUGGUUGCCCGUGAAUUUUUUGGACUGUGCGGACAUGAUCCUUCAAGAACUUCCAGAGCCUCUCCAGCCAUUUUGGUCGAAAUACGUGAAGGCAUCCUGUUCGAGUCUCUCAGAGUGUGCUGAGAAGGUCACAAAUGGCAUCAAAAGUGUGGCGGAAGAUGCAUGGCACUGGAUGGAGAACGGAUUUGGAAACGAAUUUGAUGAUAAGGCAGACAAAAUUAUAGGUGGUGUCGACUCCUUCAAAAACAUGGUCGACAAGCUCAGCAUCAAAGACGCAGUCAUGCCAGUCAUGGGUGAGCUAUUGGAAUGGCGCCGGAAAGUUGAAAAUGCCAUUGAUAAAGCGUCCCAUGGUCCAAUAAAGCUGGCAAACAUGGAGGACGGGAGGCUCUGCCCUCCAGGUCUGGGCGACAAACAGAUCUUUAGUGUCUUCCCAACUGACUGCGGAUUGUUCGAGGAGUACCGCAAACUUCUGGAUCCCCUUGAUACUGUGGUGACUGACGUUGCGGACUUAUUAAAGAACAAGAGAGUAGAGAUCUUUGGGGGCUUUCUGGAGAAAGUAAAGGAGUGCCUCUCUUUGAGUGGCCCUUGGAAAUGGAAGGGGGUGUCGGUGCCUCAUCCUUUCUUCAAGAUGGGUAACUUUGAUAUGUGCCUCUCCAAGUCAAAUGUGGAUGCUCUUGAUGUGGUGCUCAACCUCCUUUACAACGGCGUGAAAGAGAUCAAAGAUCUAUUUGAGAAGAUUACGAAGAAAGUCAGCGACUGGGUGAGCCAGAAACUCUUGAGUAAACUAGGUUUUCUCACCAUUGAGCAGCAGAACUCCUUGCCCUUGGUGCUUACCCAGGGAGCUAAGUGCAUCACAGGAACAAAAGACUGGAGUAUAAAAGUGAAGAUUACUGGCAAGUACAAAUUCCAGGUUCUGAAUGUAGGUGGAGGAGAAGCCUUGCACUGGGGAUUUGGACUUGGCGCUGGGGUUGUCUUCGGCUGCAAGAAUGAAAUCUACAGGACCUAUCCCUUUGUGGAUGUUUCUCACCCCUUUGCCUUCAUGUUCACCCUCUACAUGGGCAAGACACAUAAAACAGACUUCAAAGCAUCAGGUUCGUUAAGUUUCGGCGUGAAAGUUUAUUUCACCAAGUUUUCUUCCAUCAGUUCGGGCAUCAAAGGCGGCGUCAGCCUCAGCCUCAAAGCUGGAGCAAAGAAUCUUCCAUUGCCCUGUCCACCGGGAACCAAGUGUUCCCUGAAGAAGAAAUUUAGCUUGUUGAAAAUUCCGUCUGGAGAACUCAUUGACUUCACGGACACAGACGAUAUUUUGAACAUGUUGAUUUUGACUCAAGAGGUGGAAGUUGCAGCAAAGUGGGAUGAUGUGACUUCAUGGUUCAGCCCAGACCUGUUUCAGCUUUCGCCCAUCUCAGAUCCUCAAGCGGGCUCGGAACUGAUCUUGGGUGCUUUGCGUCAUAUGGCAGCAUCCAACAUCAGCUUGCCUUCCAAGCUUGAACUGAAUUCAUCUGAUGCACCCAAACCGGAAGCAGAGUUUUCGGUUGGAGUGGAUGCAUCUUGGAGCAUUUGCCUCGGACCCAGCUCGCUUUGCAGUUGA